AUGUUCGGCACAGUCGGCAGCCCCUCGUCGGUGUCUGCGCCCCUCGAGGGAAGCUGGAUCGCUGCCGUCAGCUUGACGCGCCGCAUGCCUCCGAAGCUCAUCGACCGGACUGUGGCGGGAAUUCAACACCUGUGUCCCAACUUGCGCGUCGAGCUCCUCACGCGCGUCGACCGCAAACUCCGUCUCUGCUUCGACCCUGAGGCACGCAAAUAUUUCAUCGCAUGCAUCUACAACCAGCAUGGCUCGGCGUUUCGGUCGCCGUGGACGAACGUGUACAUCGAAGGAAAUCCCGGAACUUCCGCCCUGGGCUCGGUUCCCCAGCGCCGGAUGAAACCGGCUGACAACCUCCGGCACCUGGAAACGACUUACAACCAAAUCUUCGACGCCUACAGACGCGUAUACUACGAAGGCGGCGUUUCGUCCGUGUAUCUGUGGUCUCUCCCCAGCGAGGACGGGUUUGCCGGCGCCUUCGUCAUUCGGCAUGCUCUGAAUGGAGGCGUCAGCGGGGACGGCCCGCGUGGAUGCUGGGAAUCGGUUCACGUCGUCGAAGUAACUCAGUCGACAACCAAUGUGUAUUAUCGUCUCACUUCCACCGUCAUCGUGGACGUGGAGCCGCCGGAAGAUGCCGACGCCGAUUUCUACGCGGGCGCGAUGCUUACGCGAACGAAUGAACAGUCGCAAAAGGUCGCGGAGCUUCGCACAUCCCCCGACGCUCCGCCCCACAUCGGCGUUAUCGGCCCGAUGAUUGAGACCAUGGAAGACAGCAUGAGAACGGCGAUCGAAAGGAAUUAUUUCGCCAAAACACACUCGAUCCUUGAAGGCAUGAUUCGAACCGGGCGCAACACAAAGGUAAAACGCGGAGAGGAAAGGGACGACAAGCGUAAAAGGGAAACGAGAUGCACAAGAGUCGGAACGAGCGGCUGUUUUCAGCGAGUUGCAUUCGUCCCUCAGCUUGCUGUCUCGUGGGGCCAGCUCCCCAGCGAGUCGCGCGCGCGCGGUCAGUCCCAGUGGGCGAAGUUCGCGCAGCUCCAGAGCCUUUACGGCGUUACUGUCGGGAAGUCUAAGUUGAAGACUCGAAGCGAGAACGGUCGUGUGCGAGAAAACCUCCCACGGCGGAGGAACGGCGAUUGA